GUCUCUCCCUCUCUCUCCUGUUUGGCUGUCGGGUAAUGGGUGAUUAAUUCGCCAAAUGACAUCAGCGGCUGUGCUGGGGAGUGUGGAGCUGAUCAGUCACAGAGCUGAGAGCUUUCACUGAGGGACAGCUCCGCUGAUGAAGCCCAAGUAUGGUCGCUUUCGGAGUGAGUCGGUGACCAGCUCGGGGAGCGGCUUUCUGCACGGCCUGGCCAUGAGCGGCCAGCUCGGUGCCGCUUCUGUGGCCGAAGAGCCGGAGGAUUCCACCACCUUCUGCACCCUCAUUCCCAGGAUCCCGCACUGGAAGUUCUCGGCGUCUCCGGGCUCGGGGUUUUUGGGAGGCAGGAGCCCAGCCAAGGGUCAGCCUCCCGGCCGCGCUGGGGGUCUCGGGGCAGCCCCCGGGGCAGCCCCCGGGGGUCCGGCUCCCGCUCUGCCCGCUGUCCUGGGAUCCUGUGACUCGCUGUGCCCCCCUCCCUGCUCGGUGCAGGCUACGGGCCGGCCGCCGGCCGGAGGGAGGAGGCUCCGGGUGGAAGGAGUCCGCUUGGCCGGAGGGGAAUGCAAUCGCAAAGGCAGCUUCAUCAACAAACCAUCAGGAGGCUGGCUGCACCCAGACACCAGGAUCCUGGGCCCGGGGGUCUCCUACAUCGUCCGCUAUAUGGGAUGUAUUGAAGUGGUCAAAUCAAUGAGAUCCCUUGACUUCAACACGAGAACACAGGUCACAAGGGAAGCCAUUAAUCGGCUGCACGAAACAGUUCCAGGAGUGAAAGGGGCUUGGAAAAGGAAGCCUUCGAACCAAUCCCUGCAAUCCAUUCUCGGGAGAAGUAACCUGCGGUUUGCUGGGAUGAACAUCACCAUCAACAUCUCCAUUGAAGGGUUAAACCUGGCACUGCCCACCACCCGACAGAUCAUCGCGAACCAUCACAUGCAGUCCAUCUCCUUCGCUUCUGGUGGGGACACAGACACUGCUGAUUAUGUUGCCUACGUAGCAAAAGACCCUGUAAAUCAGAGAGCCUGUCAUAUCCUGGAGUGUUGUGAGGGGUUAGCACAGACUGUCAUCAGCACAAUUGGACAGGCCUUUGAACUGAGGUUCAAACAGUAUUUGCACAGUCCCCCGAAAGUGGUUGCUCCUCUUGACAGGAUGAAUGGCAGUGAGGAGUCUGCCUGGGGUGAGGAGGAGGAGGAGGAGAUGUCAGAACAUAAUUACUAUAACAGUAUUCCAGGAAAACAGCCACCUCUGGGAGGGGUUGUGGACAUCAGGAGCAGACAGAUGAACAUUCAGGCACAGCCCCCUUGCCCAGCUGGUACUGUGCAGCUCAGUGAGACGGAUAAGCAUGGUGAAGACAACAUGGUUGGUCACUGUCAAGAUCUGGGACAAUCCGUGGCAGGUGUGCUGAGUGAUGGCUAUCUCCGGCCAUAUGGAAGAUCCACUUGUGAGGAGCAUAUGUACGUUAACACACAGGCUCUCGAUCAGCAGGACUGGACCAGCAGAGAGAGAAGCAUAACCGUGAAUGGAGCAGUGGCAGACAGGAUGGAGAGUCCUGAGAAAGACUUGUUUGAUAUGAGACCAUUUGACGACGCCUUAAAGCUGCACGAUGUCAAAUCCAGCAAAUGUAAAGGAACAAGAAUGUCGUGCUUAAACUCCAGCUCAGCCAGAGCCAUGGAGGAGGAACAGUUAAAGCGGGAGUCCUGGUAUCAUGGGAAGAUUAGUCGGAAAGUGGCCGAGAAGCUCCUGGUGUUGGAUGGAGACUUCCUGGUUCGGGAGAGCAUGACGAACCGUGGACAGUACGUUCUGACUGGAAUGCACAAUGGCCAGGCCAAGCACCUUCUCUUGGUGGACCCAGAAGGAGUGGUGCGGACCAAGGAUUUACUCUUUGAAAACAUCACACACCUCAUCAAUUACCACCUUGAGAGUGAAGUACCUAUUGUAGCAGCAGAGAGUGAGGUUUGUCUGAAACAGAUGGUCGCCAAGAGGAAGCCCUGAGCUGCUGCAGUGGCUGAUAUGAUUUGAACAUGUUCCUGAAUUCCAAAGAUAUCCAGAGAUUUACUUUCAGGAAUGGAUAUUUAUGAGCAGACGUAUUACUUCAGUUUCAGAUUGGAGUCGUGGUGUUUGGGGAAGUGAUUGAAAUUCCUGACUCCUACAGCCAGCUCUCUGUCCACUCCAGCUGCUUUACUGAGUGUGUUGCUUGUCGCAGUCAGAGAAAUCACCAAAAUGGCAGCACUUCAGAAACCGGAUUCAACUGAACUUGAAAACUAAUUGUUACUAUGAGAGGAUACGUGCAAGACAUCUUGUGAUGACAAAGAAUGGACUGUAUGAGGGAACUGUUGGACUCUACUGCCCUGGUGUGUAGCUCAAUGGCAUGGCAACUCCCAUGCACACAUUGGGUAAAGGGAUGGCUCACUCCUGACUGGUAUUGUACAGCCCAAUGGUCCCUGUGUUAUAUGUAAAUAUAAAAUUCUUAGGGGAGAGGACAACUGAACCCACGAUCUGAGUGAGUAGGGCUGUGAGGUGAGUGCCAGGGAAAGAUUCAACUGACAUUGUAUUUCUGAGAUGCUGUCAGAAAAAUCAUGAUUCUGU